AUGGCUUCCUCCUUGUGCACCAUUUUCUUAAGGGCCUUUUUCCUCCUCCACAUUCUCCAUGCCAAAGGAUUUAUCCGGUGCGCCACAUUCACAUUCAUCAACAAAUGCCCGGAGACCGUCUGGCCCGCGGCCCUCGGCAGCCCGACUCUCGACACCACCGGCUUUGAGCUCCCACCGGGCCGCUCGCGGGCCCUCCGGGCCCAACCCGGCUGGUCGGGCCGCUUCUGGGCCCGAACCGCCUGCAACUUCGACCCGUCCANGAUGUGCCCGCCGGAGCUGAGGGACAGCGGCGGCGGGGCGUGCCGGAGCGCGUGCGGGGCGUUCGGGACGGAGGAGUACUGUUGUAGCGGGACCCACGGGUCGCCGGACACGUGCGGGCCGUCCGAGUACUCGAGGGUGUUCAAGAGCGCGUGCCCCGAGGCUUAUAGUUAUGCGUACGACGACGCCACGAGCACCUUCACGUGCUCGGGCGCAGAUUACGUCAUCACGUUUUGCCCUGCGCCUUCGAGGUUUGGCCAAUCGUCCAAAUCGGAUAAUGCAAGGACCACAGACGGGCCAGGGGAUGUGUCUGAGCCAGGCUCUGGAUCUCAAACUGAACCGGACGAGUCAGGUUCUGUUCAAGACGGUUCAACGCCGGCUCAGGAGACUGUUUUGGCAGACGGGUCAUGGUUGGCGGACUUGGCGACUGGGGAUUCGACCAGAACACGAUCUUUUGGGUCGGGCUCCAUUUGCGUAGCAUUGAGAAUAUGUUUAAUUGCGCUUGUACAUCUAGCUGCAGCAGUAGUACCUUCCCAUUUGUAA